AUGACAUCCAUGGAGAACAGAUCUGAAGUGAAUGAGUUCAUCCUUACAGGAUUAACAGAUGUUCCAGAGCUUCAGGUCCCUCUCUUCAUAAUGUUUACUCUCAUCUACCUCAUCACCCUGGUAGAGAAUCUAGGGAUAGUAGCUCUGAUCUCCAGCGAAUCCUGCCUCCACACUCCCAUGUACUUUUUCCUCAGUAACCUCUCUCUGGUGGAUUUUGGCUACUCCUCAGCUGUUACUCUGAAGGUGAUGGCUGGACUCCUCACAGGGAACAAAGUUAUAUCCUAUAAUGGAUGUGCUACACAACUUUUCUUCUUUGGGUCUUUUGUUACUGCAGAAAGUUUCCUCUUAGCCUCCAUGGCCUAUGAUCGUUAUGCUGCUAUUUGUAAACCCCUAUAUUAUACUACCACCAUGAAAUCAACAGUAUGUGCUCAUCUGGCCAUUGAUGCUUACAUCUAUGGCUUUCUGGCCUCCUCCAUAGUCACAGGAUACACAUUUAGCCUUUCCUUUUGUAGGUCCAACAUAGUCCAUCACUUUUUCUGUGAUAUUCCCCCUCUCCUAGUUCUCUCUUGCUCUGAUAUUCACAUCAGUCAAUUAGUAGUCUUUAUCUUAGGGUCACUCAAUACAUUUUUCACAUUUGUUGUCAUCUUUACCUCUUACCUGUCAAUUUUCAUCACCAUCCUGACCAUCCAUUCUACUAAAGGUCGUCAGAAAGCCUUCUCCACCUGUGCUUCCCAUCUCACAGCAGUGUCCAUAUUUUAUGGGACAAUCAUCUUCAUGUACUUCCAACCUAGCUCAAGCCAUUCCAUGGACACAGACAAAAUGGUAUCAGUGUUCUACACCAUGGUGAUCCCUAUGUUGAACCCUCUGGUCUAUAGUCUGAGGAACAAAGAUGUCAAGAAUGCUUUUAGGAAAGCUGUGAGGGUCAAUGAUUUCAAUUGGAUCAUAUUUUUUCUUAGAAAGAAAAUCUGA